AUCACGCUCGUCGUCGCAGCUGAUGACAGUUAUGCAGACACUGGUGGGCUAAUGCUGCUCAAGAACUGUAGAGUUCGCCGUAUCGACUGCGUCCAAGCUCCUCAUAUGUAUCUUCUGAGUAUCCUCUAUCCUCUAGAUCCGUUAACCGCACGCAGCAAAUCGUUAGUCGUCGCCAUCCAUAAGCUCUCUACUUUGAGUCUUGCUCUUUACUCCCACAAGGCACUAAAUAUACUCAGCAAAUUGAGCGAUAGUUUGGGUGCAUGGUCCUGCGGCUUGAAUAGUUCCUCAUGCUGUGAAAUGACUUGAGCGUCUUGGGCGCUGUCGGGUAUCUCGGUGACGUCGCUUUUCUUUAGGUGCCAUCGGAACUGAGCCCCACUACGCUCGGAACGAGAAAUUUUGGCCUCUUUUACCAGUCAUCAUUCCAAGGUUCUAAUGCGCACUCGCCAUCCCCGCAUACCAAAUGUCAACCUCACGAAGCCCUCGCUCCAGCUUACCCCUACACGUUCCUUGGUGCAAGUCGCUGCAUCAGAAGCCCGCCGCUCUCCGGUUGCCACGCUGAAAACGCCGAUUCUCUUCUUCACGCCUACAACUUUCAGACUCGGCAGGCGAAGUACGCCAACCGUCUCAAACAUACGUGAUCGCCUCCUCGCAAAUAUGCCCGAGACUAGCGUUCAACGCGUAGACCCUCAGAAGUUGGGGAGGAUCACGUUCCAGAAGUCGGAAGACUUGAUCGAUGAAUGGGACAUACAAUACGACGACGCAGAGGGUGAUGCUGAUGCUGGAACGCUGAAACAGGCAGCCCAUGAGCUUAUGAGCACGAAUACCCCCGUCGCGUUUCCCACAGAGACUGUAUAUGGACUCGGCGCGGAUGCCACAAGAAGCGCAGCUGUGAAAGAAAUAUUUGCCAGCAAAGGACGACCAGCGGACAAUCCAUUGAUCGUUCAUAUACAUUCGCUACCCCAGCUACGAGCGCUGUUGCUCGGUAAGCUUGACUUUGUAGGCGACGGAAAAGAUGCUGGAAAAGACCCUAUACCAGAAAUUUACAGGCCGGUGAUUGAGCGCUUCUGGCCUGGACCGCUCACCAUCAUAUUGCCGGCUCCUGAAAACUCGAUCCUCGCUCCAGAAGUCACAGCAGGUCUUACUACCUUUGGCGCACGAAUGCCACGCUCUAUCAUCGCCUUGUCCCUUUUGCGGUUAUGUGGUCGUCCACUUGCUGCACCCUCCGCAAACGCGUCCACGCGACCUUCGCCGACCGCUGCGGAACAUGUCUACGAUGACCUCAACGGGAAACUCAAUCUGAUAAUUGAUGGUGGGCCAUGCGAAGUAGGUGUAGAGAGUACGGUCAUAGACGGACUGUCAAGUCCACCUGCAAUACUGCGGCCGGGUGGUGUCACGGUAGAGCAGUUGCGACAAUGUCCUGGGUGGGAGAACGUAGUCGUUGGGUACAAAGACAAGCAAGCGGAAGAUUCGAGCAAACCACGCGCACCUGGAAUGAAGUACAGGCACUACAGUCCGAAAGCGUCGGUGCUGUUAUUUGAGGCAGGUGCAAGUCAACCCACACCUGACGAGCUGAAGAGUAAAAGACGCAUUGGUAUUAUUCGGACCAAGAGCUGGGAUAGUGUGCUGGGUAUAAGCGCCGAGAAGGUGAAGACAUCGGAUGCGGGUGGUCCGGUACUCUGCGGUCCACUGGACACAGUAUCUUUAGAUGUCAACGACUCGUCGUCGCGCCUUUCAAAUCUCCUGCGAUCUGUCGCUCAACACCAAAUACCGCAUGCAGAUCAUUACGUCGUUAAGCCCGAAGCUGUUCAGGUGUGGGAAAUCAAUCUUGGCGCAAAAACAGAAGACGUUGCGAGAGGCUUGUUCUCGGCGCUGAGAGAGCUUGAUAAGAAAGGCGUAGAAACCAUCUUUGUAGAGGGUAUUGACGAUAGAACAGGUGAUGACAUUGCGGCAGCAGUCAUGAACCGGCUCAGGAAGGCUGCUGAGAUCAGGACGUGAGAGAAGGUUGAUUAUAGCGCAUAUGAUGAUUGAACGAAGAGACUUCCACUGUGCAUCGUUCACGCCCCACUACUGAUUGCUGUACGUCAAUGUCCCGUAAUACAAGACGUGUCCGCACAUCAAUGAACAAUCAAAGGAUGUACUUGAAAAGUGUGAACGUCUGUUUGCAAUAAAGCGACUCUUCUG